AUGGUGUUGAAGUCUGUAAAAUGGGCUUUCGUGGCGACGCUGACCUUGCGUUACGAUUUAAAUUUCUGCCCGGCGAGUGCCUUUUUCAAGUUUGGAAACAAAAAAGACAUAAGUAGAUACUCUAUACCAUUCCUGGUGCACUUUGUGGUGGGAGAAACCGGUUCCAAUCAAGGUCGAGGUCAAGGUCGAUGUCAAGGUCGAGGUCGAGGUCAAGGUCGAGGUCGAGGGCAAGGUCAAGGUCGAGGUCAAGGUCGAGGUCAAGGUCAAGGUCAAGGUCAACGUCAAGGUCAAUGUCAAGGUCAGGGUCAAGGUCGAGGUCAAGGUCAAGUUUGA